UACUGAAUGGAGAUCCGCUGCAACGUCUGCUGAGCUCAGAGCAGGACUGGACGCUCUAAAGACGGCGAGACGGAGAAUGAAAGUUCUGGAGGAGAGACUUUUGGGAGCGUUUACGAAGUUUGGAGGCGCAGCGCAGCGAUGUGAUGUGAUGUACCGGCUUUGAACACUCUAAAGUGAAAAUCUCGGGCGGUCAAUAGAAGGACAGUCACAAGGUUGGCAGCCUGGCACACAGGCACAGAUGGCAGAGGUGAUGGAGGGUGUAUCCACGGCAGCAGUGCACAACAACAGUGUGGACUGGCAGAAGAGAUGCAUCGCCCUCGAGACGCAGCUCAUGAGGUUUCGACUGCAAGCGGGAAAUAUCCGCCACCUACUUGCUGAGAGGAUGCAGGAGUUGGAACAGAGAGUGAUAGAGGCUGACCAGCGGGCAGAGAACGCUGAAAAACAGGUCCACAUUAUGGAGGAGAAACUGAAGUCUGCAAUUACGCAGCCCAGUGAAUCGGAAAACUCAUUGUACAGGCGUUAUCAAGAGCUGAUUAGUCAAAUUCAAGAGAAAGACAUGAUCAUAAAGAGACUUGAAGGACAACUGGAGAAUCAGAACUUCAUUCGAGCUCAAGAGGCAAAGAUAAUUGAAGAAAAAGCUGCCAAAAUCAAAGACUGGGUCACAUUUAAGUUACGAGAGAUGGAAACGGAGAACCAGCAGUUGAAGAAGGCAAACCUGAAGCAGACCGAGCAGAUCCUCAUACUGCAAGACAAGCUUCAGACUCUUCUCGAGAGGCCCAUGUCUCCAGCGGUGGAUGCCCAUCUGGUCCCCUCCAGCCCACUCCACCCUCCCAGCUGCCCCGGGACACCGCCUGCCCAGGAGGAGGGCUGGAGAUUGACAGGGUCCAUAGCCAACUGUAGAGAUAGCAAAAGGAAAAUCAUGGAGGGUUGUGAUUCCGCUUUUCAUAGUGCAUCUUUACUUCCCACAUUACAAGACAAAGGAGACUCUCAUAAGUCUAGUCAAGAUGGCGUUGACACCACAACCUCGGUAAAGGAAAGCGCAGAGGGGGCGGAGCCUUCUUUUGGAGUGACGCACGAGAGAGCAUUGGGAGGAGCCUCGGACAGAGAUCACUCUUCUGAUGAACUCAACAGCAAAUUUCGUUCCCAGCGCCUUCGCUCUUCUUCCUCAUCCUCUUGCUCGUCCUCCUCAGCAUAUGAGACGCCUGGUCCGGGUGGCUUUGACACGCCUACCCCCACUCCGACGAGCCCUCCUCUUGUGUCCCUCUCACCCCCAUUAGUACGCCUCCCGCUGUCAUGCCCCUUCCCUCUGCCUUUACCCUUGGGCACCAGCAUGACCCUGCCCAAAGUUCGCACCCCUCUAACCCCUCGUGACAGCAUCCAGCUUGUGAAGAAACACCACAGUCAGCCACAGCCCGGCAUAGAGCGCCUUCAUCAGAUCAACGUAAGUAUUGAUAUCGGAAACUGCACCUCUCCAUCCUGCCACAGUCUGGUCCCCGGGACAGUUUCCACACAUGGGCUAGAGGAGACGGACAUUGAUGAAGGGCCUCCAGAAAGCAUGGAGGGUGUGGUGGAGGCGUCAGAGAUGGAAACCCAGCCCACUGAUGGAGGAUUAUUUAAAGGGUUGGCCAAGGAGUUUGAGAUGAUGGACCCAGAAUCUCUUAAACCACCUACACCACCUCUGCACCGAUUUCCCUCUUGGGAGAGCCGGAUUUAUGCGGUAGCUAAGUCAGGAAUGAGAGUCUCAGAGGCCUGUCUUGGAGCCAAGACUAUUGGGAGAGUAUCCACCCAAACUCAGCACUCAACAACUGGCCCCUUCACUCACCUCAUUUAUAAGAACAUCAGUGUGCCUGUGUACUCCACACUUAAAGGGAAAGCAACUCAGAUCAGCAGUGUCCCUCUGCCAGAUGAUGACUCUGGGUCAGAAGACGACAGCAGCUCAUUGGCCAGCCUGCACACAUCCACACUGGUGCCAGAUAAGAAGGGCAGUACUCCAGGUGUGUCUAUGUCCUCCAUCAGUUCAGAGAGUGACUAUGCCAUUCCUCCGGAUGCAUAUUCACUGGAGAGUGACUGCUCAGAGCCUGAGCACAAGGUGCAACGCACCUCGUCUUACUCAUGCGAGAGUGUCGGACCGGAGACUCUAGAAAAGACGGGUUACUUGCUGAAAAUGGGCAGUCAGGUGAAAGCUUGGAAGAGGCGCUGGUUCAUUCUGAGGAACGGGGAGAUCUUGUACUAUAAGUCACCGAGUGACAUGAUCCGGAAACCUCAGGGACAAAUGGAGCUGAACUCUUCGUGUCAUAUAGCCCGCGGAGAGGGAGCUCAGACAUUCCAGUUAAUUACAGAGAAGAAGACCUUUUACUUGGCUGCAGACUCCCCAAAUAUCCUGGAGGACUGGAUCAAAGUUCUCCAGAAUGUUCUCAAGGUCCAGGCCAGUGGACCAAUUUCCAUGGAUAAAGAAGCUAAGGCCACGGUGCGAGGCUGGCUAACUAAAGUGAAACAUGGUCAUUCAAAGCUUGUGUGGUGUGCUUUGAUUGGGAAAGUCUUCUACUACUACCGGAACCAGGAUGACAAGGAGACUCUAGAAAAGACGGGUUACUUGCUGAAAAUGGGCAGUCAGGUGAAAGCUUGGAAGAGGCGCUGGUUCAUUCUGAGGAACGGGGAGAUCUUGUACUAUAAGUCACCGAGUGACAUGAUCCGGAAACCUCAGGGACAAAUGGAGCUGAACUCUUCGUGUCAUAUAGCCCGCGGAGAGGGAGCUCAGACAUUCCAGGACACCUGGUUGUACCACCUGACCGUCGCAGCGGGCAGUAGUGCCAGUUUGAGAGUAGGUACAGAGUACGAGCAGCUGAUUGGCAAGCUGUUGGAUGUGGAUGGAGACCCAGACUCCGCUCUGUGGAAACGUGAAGUGUUGUGUUUCAGUAAAGAGGGUUUGCGGUAUCCUCUCACCACGCUGCCCUCCGUGGCGCUUCAAACAGAGGCUCUCAAGCUCUUUAAGUCAUGCCAGCUGUUCAUCAAUGUGCUGGUGGAGUCUCCCUCCAUCGACUACCACACCUCGCUGGCCCAGAAUGCACUGCAGGUGUGCCUAACACAUCCAGAGCUGCAGAAUGAGAUUUAUUGUCAGCUGAUCAAACAGACCAACUGCCGCACUCCUCACAACUACGCCCUCACGCAGUGCUGGCAGCUGUUGUCAUUGUGUGUAGCUCUCUUCCUGCCUCAGCAUCAUUUCCUGUGGUACCUGAGACAGUACCUGCAGCAGAACGCAGAUCCCAGGACUGAAGUGGGGAAGUAUGCUGUGUACUGCCAGCGCUCAGUAGAGAGAACCUUACAGAAUGGAGAGAGAGAGGCAAAGCCUUCACGAAUGGAAAUUCUUUCUAUUCUGCUGAGAAACCCCUACCAUCACUCACUCCCCUUCAGCAUACCUGUUCACUUCAUGAACAACACUUAUGAGGUCGUAGGUUUUGAUGGUUCCACCACAGUGGAGGAGUUCCUGAACACAGUCAACCAGAGGGCAGGCAUGAGGAAACCACAGAUUUCAGGCUUCGCACUCUUCACUGAUGACCCCUCUGGAAAAGAUCUGGAUCACUGCCUGCAGCCCAGCAAUAAAAUUUGUGAUGUGAUCUCAAAGUGGGAACAGGCACUGAAAGAACUUCAUCCUGGAAAAUAUGAAGGAACACGGAUUGUCCGUCUCACUUAUAAAAGCAGGCUGUGUUUCAGAGCUCAGGCUAAGGGGGAGACUGAGCGAGAGCGCCUCCUGCUGGCAUAUCAAGUAAAUGAAGAGGUACAACAAGGGCACUUCCCUGUCAGUAAGGAGCUGGGCCUGGAGGUGGCUGCGCUGAUGGCACAGGUCGACCAUGGUGACCUAGACCGCCCAGCAAUCUCUUCCAUUGGUUCUUCUCAGCCGAAGACCCAACAGGUCCUUCUGCAGGUACUGGAGCGUUUUUAUCCUAAACGCUACAAGCAGGAAUGCAGCAUGGAGCAGCUCAGGGAACUCGCUGAGCGUUUGGCCACUAAGUGGUCUGUCCUUCAUGCGUGCACAGCCUCCGAAUGUGUAAGAAUCUACCUGACCGUGGCCCGCAAGUGGCCUCUGUUUGGGGCCAAGCUGUUCAGUGCCAAGCCAUUGCCUCCCUCUUCACUGGAGCAAACUCGAGUGUGGCUGGCUGUUAAUGAGGAUGGGCUGAGUGUUCUGGACUAUACAAUGCACCCAUUCGUCACACAUCCAUACCAGUCAGUGAUCACCUUCGGAGGUUGCAAGGAAGAUUUCAUGUUAGUGGUCAGCCAGAUUAAAGACCAGGCUUUGGGCAAGAAGACUGUGGAUAAACUUUUAUUUGCAAUGGCUAAACCAAAGAUCCUGGAACUGACGCUCCUCAUGGCUAGUUAUAUUAACUACUGGACCUCUAGCUUACCAGGGGCUGGAAACCAGACUCAAGGCUCAGCAGUGGGGCCUCAUGGAGACAGAAAGCUCUGGGACAUCGACAGCCGUCACUUCCCCUCAAUGACAUAUACUACCAAAGGCCCCACUCUUCUUUAAAACCUCAGUCUCCGGGUGUCUGGGUUGGCAACCAAUCACUUGGUCUGCAAACAAAUAAAAACACAUUUUGGGAAAUAUUUAGAGCAUUUAUUUUGGGAUACAAUUCAAGGAUUUUGAAGUUUCAAACCAUAAAUUGCAAAAGUUAUUUAUUGUGUGAAACGGUCACUACUUGCACACUGUUCGUAGUCCAAAUACAAGAAAUAAACACAUCACAAAGUGUUUUUUUUUAAUGGAGACUCAUAGAAAGCCACCCUGAGAAGAUCACCCACAAAGUCAGAGCAGAUCCAAGAGUAUUUUAUUCUUGAAUGCAAAAAGUUUGGCGCUCAUUUUUAAGGAAUCAGAGCUUUUAAACUGGAAGUCCAUUUAAAGGCACGGUUUGACUUUUUCAU